GCGUGGGUUAUGAACUGCGGUGAUCAAUGCUCAAUCCACUCGGAAAUAUGAUGGACAAAACUGCAACAAAAUUUUCGACCUUCUCACAAAUCCUUUGCCUUGCUCAUCGAGUAUCCUUGCUGCGUUGCGUUUAGCUAUCGUACUGGCGAAAUAUUUGUCCACAACCGAAGGUGCGGUAGCAUGUGCUUUGUCGGAUCUUCGUUCUUCUUCGCUGGCUGGGAUAUUGUCGGGCCGGUGGGACCCUUGGCACAACGUGCCAAAAAUUGGAAACGCGGAGGCGCCCCACAAAAUAUGCCAACCGUUAGAAGUCCACGCCCCGGCGGUCGUGUGGAGACACGGUCACAUUUUGGCCGUUGUUUGAAACUUGUUUCAACCAAACAAAAAUAAGACAAGGGCAACCGACGGUCUCCUUGUUUGGCCAAAAGAUUCCCUUAUCCAUGUCUCCUUCUACUACUAAAGUAUUGGGAUGCCACCAGCUAGCUAGCUUACUAGCUUCGCCAAUAAUGGAAGCCAACAUCUCACAAGGCGAAAAGGCACAAGGGGCUACGUAGCAAAUAGGGAAAUAAUUCAACCAACUCAAGACACAUCAUCCCCUUAUACCCCAGUACACUCUACACCAUGACACGAGCAUUUCUUUCAUUCAUAUCCAUCCUAUUGUUAUGGAAUUGCCUAGCAAUAGUUGCAGCAACUCAAAACCGUCAAUACACGGAUGCUGUUGCACAUACUAUCACACUCACCAAUGAAAACCUACAAUCGGCAUUGCGUCUCUGGAUGGACACCACCGAAAACGACCGCACCUUGGUCGAACAACUCUAUGGGGGACCCAUUGAAGAAUGGGAUAUCACUGGGAUCACGGCACUAGAUGAAGUCUUUGCCGAUACACACAACUUUCAUCCCGAUCUAAGUCAAUGGGAUGUCAGUCGAGUCACUUCGCUGCGAGCAGCAUUUUACAAUACUACUCGAUUUGCCGCCAAUAUUGCUUCAUGGGAUGUAUCUCGGGUCGUUGACAUGAGAGUCAUGUUGGCGUACAGUUCCGAUUUCAUAAGCGACAUUUCGUCAUGGAACACGGCGUCCUUGCAGAACCUAAGAGCUGCAUUUACUGAAUACAAGACUACCGCCACCAUUCAACUUGUGAACCGAGACAGCCCGGACACUCUUCCGAUUUCCAAUUGGCAAACGCCCGAGCUGACGGACAUGGAAGGACUCUUUGCUGGCACCCACAACUUUCAUAUUGACCUGGGCAAAACUUGGUCCACUAGCAAGGUCACCAGUAUGGCAUUCAUGAUGGAAGACACGGUCAACUUUUAUGGUGGAGACUUGUCUCUGUUGGAUACAUCCCGUGUGGAAUCCAUGGAACGCAUGUUUGCCGGAGCCGUCAAUGUCCGAGCGGCCCGAGAUAUUUCCAAGUGGGAUACCUCCAAUGUCUACAAUAUGGACAGGAUCUUUUUCAAUACUACCGUCACACUGGACAACGAGGAAACCGCACCCGCUGACGUGGACUUGUUUUACCUGUGUUGGGAUUUGACAGGGUUGGAAGUCGACACAUUGGAAGAAGCAGCUUGUAACAGCAACGCGGGAGGAUUCAACUGUGACUGUGUACCCGAGAACCUUGUCGAUACCAUCAACAGCAACUGUAGCAUGACAACAAAGACGUGUUUCCAUUCCUUGGCAGCUGCUGGAAGUGGAACUGAUGAGGCACAACAAGAUGAGGAGGCGGCGUCUUUGGUGGUCAAGAAUGAUGACGUUGAAUCUUCCUCACGAAAGAAUUGGGAUUCCAUCGGAUGGAGAUGGUGGCUACUCGCCUCAUCAGCUUCCUUCCUCCUCUGGGUGGGAUAAGUUUAGGAUUGGAUCUUUGCAUGAUGCGCCUGUUUGAUGCUGCAGAAUUGCGAACUCGAAAGCAGAUGAAGAAUUGACAACUACCUACACUUUUUAUGGAUGAAAGCAUGUAUCAGUAAUGAGUAUGUACACAUAUUAUGUUUCUUCAGCUGACUUUUUUGCUCGCAGUCCUUACGCUACCU